AUGACCGUUCAAACGACCGCCGCUGCUGUUUCGGCCGAGGAUCGCAUUGCACAGGAGCGUGAUGCCAUGGAAACUAUAGACAAGAAAAUGAAUGAAAUAUCAUCGAAGGUCAGCGAGCAUCACGUGUUGCUGUUGGAGUUGUCUAAGCAGCAGGACGAGAUUCGGCAGGAGAUUACGUCGGUGCAGCGGCGGACGACGGAGUUGGAGGAGGAGCGUCGUCGCAUAACAGAGGCGGAGACGAGUGCGGUGAAUCAGAGUCGUGCGUUGCGGUCUCGAGUGGAGACGAUGCAGCGAGGUAUUCCGUAUCGGACGGUGGAGGAGAUCGAGGAACGGAUCAAGGCUAUAGAGUACAAGCGGAUGACGGGUAGCAUCAGUUUGAAGGAAGACAAGGUACUUCAGGUGGAGAUAGAAAAGCUACGGAAGAGGAUCCCGGAGUUGCAGGAGCUGAAAAAGCUGCAGCAGGAACUGAGCAGUCAGGGGCCGGGAAGUCAAGGCCCGGGAAGUCAGGCAAAUAGUCCUAGUCCUAGGUCAUCGGAGAGCGAGGCGGCCGUGGACGCGCGCGUCACGAUUCGGGAACAGCUGCGUUUGCUACGGGAGACCCGUGAUUCGCUCCGGAGUAAGUUGGAGUUGUUGCAGACGCAACGGCAGCAGGCAUAUGAACCGGUGCGUGACUUGAUGGAUGAGCGGACGAAGUUGCGUGCUGAACGGAGCGAGCACGCGGAGGUACUUAAUCAGUUGAUUACGGAUCAGAAGCAGAAGGAGUCGGCUCAUUUUGCAGAGUUGAGUCGCAAGCGACAGGAGCGGCAGGAGUUGGAGCGUUUCAACCGUCAGAUUUCGCUGAUUGAGCAGGACAAGAAGAGUCUGCAGACGGCAUUGCAAUCGUUGAACCGCGACGAGUAUGACUGGACGACGGUGACGGCUCUCCAGGUCCGGGAGUAUCUUGACCACGCUAUCCGUCAGUAUGAUCACGGUACGUUGGCUGCGGGUGAGCAAGAGGAAGAGACGGUGGCGACAGCGGUGCCCGAAAAGGUCACGGUAGGCGACCAAAAUUUUGUCGUUCGGAUUAAGAAGACGGAUGCUCCCGCUCCGUUACCAAAGAAGACUCGAGCUAGUCGUCAGAAACAAGCUCCUCCUUCUAUGUAUAUGAAUCAUUCAUUGGCCUCGCUGAAAGAUUUAAGGUCUCUGGAUUUGACGGUGCCGAAGACUAUCGACGACGCGCGAGAAGUAGUGGCACAAAUAGACGAAAUCGUGGAGGCUCAGAACAAUAAGCUGUCGACAUCCCGCGCUAACAAGGACAAGAAACAACAGGAUUUGCAAAGCAAACUCGAUGCACUACUCCUCAAAGAAAAGCAGCUACUGGAAAAGGCGCCGACUGGAUGGAAGCGACCUACACCACCCACCACCACCACCACUACUGGGACUGGCGUUUCUCAACGCAAUGGGGCCGCUGUAAAGGUUAUUUAA